CGCGCUCGCGCUCGCCAUCGCCGAGCGUCACUUCUGCUGCGCGAAGAUGGCGUCCUCGGGCCCCGCCGUCGGAUCCGGAGCUCCGGUUCCGCUGGAGGAGCUCCGCCCACCGUCUCCGCUCUUCGCCGACGGGGCUUCUCUUCGCGUCCUCGGCAAGUUACAAGAGUAUUCAGUGGAGACGACCGUAGCGAUUAUCGUUGAUGCAGGUGCUAGUCUGAAGAUAGACACGCAGCAUCUGAGGGACCUUCAUUUUCGUGUUGGCUCGAUCUACCAGUUUAUCGGCGAACUCCAGGUUCAACCUGAUAAUGAGGCGGUGUUGCGGGCUCGAGUGGGUAGAAAUGUCGAUGGCCUCGACCUUAACCUCUACUACCAGUCCUUGCAGCUCGUUAGACAGUUUCAGGCCGAACGCACGAGGUAUCAAUCGACUUGACAUGCGUUUUUUGCCAAGAGAGGAUCUUCGGAAGUUCAUUUAGGAAAGUUACAAAGGUCAAACAACUGGAGGGUUUUUGAACCGGCGGACCGUUUUCUUCUCAACCCCUCGGCGUCAACGACAGCGACGGUGGCUGGGAUUAUGCCCGCGUGGACCGAUUAAUAUUUUGUUAGGUGAUGGAAGCUGGAAGUGAAUUUUGGUGUUGAGCACGGGGUGUUCCGUGUUCGUUCUUAUUGUUGCCACAUUGAAAUCGUGUAAAAUGGCCUGAGAGUUUCCCUGC